UUUUAUUAGUUCGGUGCAGAUCAUUUGUCUUCAUAUGUGCAACAUUCAGACAGUGGUGAUUGACUCGAUUUGAGUCAUGCAAGCAAGUGCAGUCGAUUCCAAUAGGAUCUCUAAAGGUGAAAUAUACUAUAAAGUGUCAAAUUGCUGAAGAGGCCUAUCAGCAGUGAACUUACAGCUCUGUAGUUGUUUUUUAAUCUCCACCGACGUCUCUACUCUUUUCUUGGCAUCAGGCCUCACUGGGAUUGUGUCAGACGUGCGUGAAUCGUUAUAUAAGAGUCUCCUGCAGCCAGUGACAACUGAGGCCACAUGUAGAGAAUGGAACAAGAAGCAAACCCACAGAUAGGGCUGAUAAUAAUGUAUCAUGUGUCAUGGAGGAGAAAGAUACUACCCACACACAUAACACAUAUAAAAACACAUCUCUGGGAUAAAAUGAAGGAUUAAACAAUGUUUUCUACAUGUAACAGUUAGAAAACAAACCCCGACACUUAGUCAGGGCUUGUGAUCGGUUCGACCUUUAGAACAUCCUGAUCAGUCUGAGUAGGAGGUGAAUGGGAAGCACUUGACUCUCUCUUAUCACCUUCCAGUGAGCUGCUCAAAACCAAUUCACCACUGCUCCAGUAGAGAAAACACUGGUUGGGCCUUUAAGUUGUACUUUAUAAGGUGUUAAUAAUAAGCGGUCCCUGUUUGAGGAGUCCCCAGCUUUGUAUGUAUUCUGGAUAUGUAAUGGUGGGGGGGGGUUGAUAACUGUUACAGAUAUUUUAAAUACUCUGUGAAGUUUACUUAACUCUAUGAAUACUGAUAUGCAAUAUUACAAGAGUUAUUUGCCCUGUGAUUUGCCAGCUUCAGCUUGCAAACAUUUCUUGUACCGCAAAAAAACUCUCCACACCACCUCCACCCCUGCUUAUUAAAUAAUAUAUGUGGCCUAGAUUAAAUAAAAGAAACAGUGUCUAACAUUCACGACAAAACAACCUCAUCACAAAACACCGUCUCUGUAUUUAGUCACUAUCACCAAAAAUAAGUUGGCUAUCAAGUUAAUUUAAUAUUUAUAGUUGAUUUAGGUAAUAUUGCACUUUGAAAGUGAGAGUGGAUGGAUCGAUGGAUGAGUGGAUGAAUGGCAGGUUUCAGCUGGUUUAUAUUGGUGUAGAUCACCUUUUAACACACAGUACAUAUUUAUUUAUGCCAGUGAUUAAAUUGAAAUGAAUUCUAUUAAUCACUAUAUCACUAAAAGGUCGAGGCAGGCGGCCGCUCACACUGAGUCUGGUUCUAGAGGUUUCUUCCUUUCUCUUUAAUCUUUACAAAGUGCCUUGGGAUAAUGUAUGUUAUGAUUUGAUUGAUUUUAAAUUAAACAGAACAGAAACCAACAUUACAUAUGAAACAGGUCACAUCUUGUUAAUGGAUAAUGGAUGUACUCUGACGUGGGAGCAACAUCAGAGGAGAACGUGUCGUCCCCGGUGGAAUCAACAUGUCCUGCUCUGCCUUCUCCAGUCAGUGCACAUGUACAGCUCUGCACAUCACUGCUGUUUCAAUGGAGGAUGUGCACGUAUAAGCACAACGAGAACAGCCAGCAAAGCAGGAAUGCUGCAUUACAUUGUGUCCGUGAUCCCUGGAUGAAAGCAGGAGCUGAUGGGCUGCAUGUGUAGAAAAAGAUGCAACAGAUCACACUGAGGAUAGAAGUGUGUUGUGACCGAGGGGGAAGACAGAUUGUAGUGUGCAGACAGGGAGCCUAAUCCCCGUCCAGCAGGGAGGUAGGUUAAUGCCACCGGCACAGAGACUUUCAGACCCUGUGUGGCUGCUCUGCUGUUGCCAUGGCUGGUAAUCAACUGACAACCUGACAUGCACUGUGGAGCAAACACACACCUGUUGUGUGUAUGAGAUGUGCAGUAUAUUCACUGUCUCGUCCAUUCUCUGGAUAUUAACCUCUCUGGCUGUGAAGGUUUGAUGCUUUUGCUUUGAUUUCAUGAAAAAGACAAUUAGAUAGUUAUUAAAUCCAUAUGUAUUGAUUUGUCAUUUGAACACAUUUGUAACAGGAGCACUUAACACGACUUAGACCAUGUGAAUGUGUGUAUAAAUGUAUUUUCUAUCUGAGCUGAACUUACACCAAAGUAACCUCUCUUUUCCAACAUGGCAAAAUAUUAACCCCCACAAAACGAGCCACUGGUCCUGACAGUAUGUCGGUGUGUGAGCCCAGCUGCAGAGUGAUCACAUGGCGGGCAGCUUUAACUCCCAGAGCUAUUACUGUCCCCGUCUAUUAAUACCCCCAAAGGCCGCACUGACGGUAGAUGCUGCUCGCCGGCGUUGGACAGAAAGUCGUGAGGGUUUAAGUUACUGGCAGCCAUGCUGACCAGCUUUUUGGAAGGUCUCCUCUGCUGCCUGACCUCCAAGUCGGCCAACAUCGUGGUUCCAGUAGAAACCUCAGAACCCGCUGAUGGCUACGAGUUUGUGGAGGUGAAACCAGGCCGCGUCCUGCGGGUUCGGCACAUCAUCCCCGACCGGCCGGUGGUGGAGGAACCCACCGGGCAGGGUGGGAGUGUCAGCUGCAAACGAAAGAUCACAGUGUAUCGCAAUGGACAACUUUUCAUUGAGAACUUGGGCGACACAGCGAGUGCAGAGCCGAAAAACGGCCAGAAUGGAAAGACAGAGCCUAACAGCCCAGCAGAGGUUGAACCUGUAGACUGUGCUAACACCUCACCGCCCGUCAGCAUCCCUGAGGCCCGGUCAGACGGCAUCACAGCUGGAAACAACGGGGCAUCUGAAGCAGGAGAACGAGACGUGGCACCUGCUGCUGAACAGAACGACCAGUUACAGCAACCAAGGAUGCGCAGGCGGAAACCCAAACGCACUGUGGUGAUCGACUGUGAGAGGAAGAUCUCAGCCUGUAAAGGGACACAUCAGGACGUGGCCCUGUUCUUCAUCCACGGAGUGGGAGGCUCGCUGGACAUCUGGGGAAGCCAGCUGGACUUCUUUUCUCGGCUGGGCUACGAGGUCAUCGCCCCAGACCUGGCAGGUCACGGAGCCAGCUCGGCCCCGCAGAUCGCUGCAGCGUACACGUUCUACGCCCUGGCUGAGGAUAUGAGACUCAUCUUCAAGAGAUACGCACGGAAGAGGAAUAUUCUCAUAGGACAUUCUUACGGUGUGUCGUUCUGCACGUUCCUGGCUCACGAGUAUCCGGAGCAGAUCCACAAGAUGGUGAUGAUCAACGGCGGUGGUCCCACAGCUUUGGAGCCCAGCCUCUGCUCCAUCUUCAACCUGCCCACCUGCGUGCUUCACUGUCUGUCGCCGCUGUUCGCCUGGAGCUUUCUCAAGGCCGGCUUUGCUCGGCAGGGUGCCAAGGAGAAGCAGCUGCUGAAAGAGAACAAUGCCUUUAACGUGUCGUCCUUUGUGCUGCGCGCCAUGAUGAGCGGGCAGUACUGGCCUGAGGGGGACGAGGUCUACCACGCCGAGCUCACUGUGCCCAUCCUGCUGGUGCACGGCAUGCACGACAAGUUUGUUCCCGUGGAGGAGGAUCAGCGCAUGGCAGAGAUCCUCCUAAUGGCCUUCCUGAAGUUGCUGGAGGAUGGCAGUCACAUGAUAAUGAUGGAGUGUCCCGAGGUCGUCAACACACUCCUGCAUGAGUUUUUCCUCUGGGAGCCCGCCAGCCCUCCGCCGCCAAAGAAAGAGUCCAAAACACGUCCGGAGACUGCCAAAGCCAACUCUGACAACGCCAAGGCCUCGUCUGAGCCCGCCAAGGUCCGACCGGCGACUGCCAGGCAAACCUCAUCAAACUGCGGCGCAGAGGAGAAGCCAGACAGCAGGGCCAAGAAAUGACUGAAGACAAAAGCUGACGCAGAUUAAAACUGAAACUUCACGUGGUUGUUUCACUAAAUCACGGCUGGCCAUGCACUUUGUACGUCCUGGACAACGGAGCCUGUUGGAGCUGUUGAGCCUGAUGACGAGCCAAAAGAGCCAAUUCCUCUGAAGGGGUUCAGCUGACUUUGGACACGACAGAGACCUCACAUCUGAUUCCAGUGUUGUCAGCUGACAGACGGAGGAAAGGGAGCUCCAGUAAUGUAACAAGACAAAGAUGGACCGUUCUCCCGUCCUCAGCAGGGAUGAGAUGGUUGUGCCUUGAAGUGAUGAUGAAGUGGUGAUGUUAGAGUAGGUGGAGCAAGAGGCAGAAACAUUAGCAUGAUGGCAAGAAUGAAAAUUAUCAGUUGUCAAGCAGCAAAAGUCAAACCUCUGUGGACAAAAUGUGUCACCUGCUGCACAGAAAGGUUAAAGAUAGAUCCAUUCUAUCAUCUUUACCACUUUGAGCCAAUCCCAGCCAGGAGUACACCCUGGACCAGUCGCCAACGUACCACAGGGCGGACAUAUAGAGACAAACCAACAUUCACACCCAGUACGGGGGAUUUAGAGUCUCCGAUAACCGAAUCAGUCUUUGGACUGUGGAGGAAGCCGGAGGAAACCCACACAGACACAGGGAGAACAUGCAAACUCCAAACAGGUAGACCCCGGCCAAGCUGGGACUCAAACCGACAGCGUGGCAGUGGUGCUGCCCACUGCCUGGCUCGUUGAUAAGCCUAAUGUACUCGUUUUAUCAAGCUUUAAUAUCAAACACAUACUUAGCCACCUGUGAAAUGUCUACAUGGAUAAAUUGGAAACCUCGCUCAUUGCAGCGAUGAUUUAAAAAGACCAAAUGAAAAUAUUGUGAUAUGCAAAAUGCCACUAAAAUGCAAAGAUAUUCAGUGACUAAAAUGCAUGUGUCAUUUAUUUUUAUUCUUUGACACAUCUUUGGACUGAGCAAUAUUAUUACUUCUGCACCGUGCAUUAGAAGUUUACAAGAUCAGGAGCAGCCUCACCUCCCACUCAUCGGAGUUAUAUAUAAAGAUAUAAAGGGAUAGUUCACUGAAAAAGGAAAACUCACUCAUUAUCUCCUCUCCACUCACACACGGAUGGAGGGGUGGGUGACGUGUUUGAGUCCCCAAAACACUUUUUGAGUUUAAGGGGUAAACUUUGUUGCAGCAGAAUCAAAUACACGUAAAGUCGAUGGUGAGUCCCUCUUCAGACGUAAUAAAACAACAGAAAAACCAUAACAUAUCUUGUUUUAAUGGUUUUUAUGGUUCACGCAUAGCACAUAAUGUAUGCAGCUUUUAAUUAUAUAUUUAUAUAAUAUUUCAGCCAGUCUGUGCUCUGAAAUCGACCCUAGUUUCUUUUUAUUUAUUGUGUAAAUAAUGAUCGUUCAUUUUGCAUUGAAACUUGAACUGCAAUGGUCCUUUUCUACCUAGAGAAGAUAAAUAGUUACUAUAGCAAAUUUAUUAUAUUAAGAUGUAUUUUGACACAUAUUGUUGAGUCCAAUGUUCGCGCACGUAAGAGUUAAGCUGAGAACAAGUGUUGACUGCAUUUGUGACAGAAGUCUGAAUUUAUUUACAGUUCAUUUUGACUCCAGUCAGCAGGAAGCUAUUAAAUCCAAAGCUCCACAAUACCCACAAUGCAGUAGUGUUUGUCUUUACAUUCACGGACAUGUUCUUAGCACUUCAAUAAUUAAAGUAUUUAUGAUGUAGGUUCAUUGUUUUUUUUUAUAUGUUUUAUACAUAAAAUAUACUUUUUAUACGUUCUACUUAGAUUUGUGGUGGAUUGUUAGAGAUUCACCAGAAGCUGUGUUCAGGGAAGAAGCCGUUCUGAUCACAGAAAUGCAACAGGUUGGUUGUCCUGUUAUUUUUUAUAUCUUGUGUCUUAUAUUUUAUAACUGUUUGCCUUUGACAAUGAUGAUGUAAAUAAACUGCUCAUUUAGAGAAUUUUAAUGAAUUAAAGUUAACUAUUAUAUUA